CUCUCAAUAAAAAUCGCCAGCCCUAACAUUUGGGGAUUCGCUUCAUCUUCAGGCGUCGUCAACAGCAACGCCCGGCUUUGCGAUCGCUAAAUCCAGUUCUUCAUCGGCGUAGACUCUGCGGACGUCUGACGCACACUGUUCUUUGUUUCAAUAACAAUAAUUUCAGGGUUCUGAUGGGGAAGAAUGACUUUCUAACUCCAAAGGCCAUAGCCAACCGAAUCAAAGCCAAGGGUCUGCAGAAGCUCCGAUGGUACUGUCAGAUGUGCCAGAAACAGUGUCGAGAUGAAAACGGGUUUAAAUGCCACUGUAUGAGCGAGAGCCACCAGCGCCAGAUGCAAGUAUUUGGCCAAAACCCUAACCGCAUCAUCGACGGCUAUUCAGAAGAAUUCGAAAGUACAUUUUUGGAGCACAUGAAACGUAGCCAUCGUUUCAGCCGCAUCGCAGCCACUGUUGUCUACAACGAAUACAUCAACGACCGACACCAUAUUCACAUGAACUCCACACAAUGGGCAACCCUAACCGAGUUCGUAAAGUACCUAGGACGAAUGGGCAAGUGCAAAGUGGACGAGACACCCAAGGGUUGGUUUAUCACCUACAUAGAUAGAGAUUCCGAAACUCUAUUGAAGGAAAAGAUGAAAAACAAACGAGCAAGAGCUGAUUUAGUGGACGAAGAGAAGCAGGAAAGAGACAUCAAGAGACAAAUUGAGAAGGCUGAAGAACAGUCUGCUGUAGUCGACUCAGAACCGCCGCCUCCACCAAAGGCUCUUGAGAAAUACGAGACGAAUGAGAAGAUUGCAUUUAAUUUAGGUGCAUCAUCUUCUUCCAAACCUUUAAUGAAACAAAAAGGAGGUGAGAGUUCGACAAAACCAGUAUUCGAAGAGCUAGAAACCGAAUCCAGAGGCGGAGCUAGCAAGGGUGGUGGUAGUGGUGGUGGUGGUGCUUUGGAUGAGUUGAUGAAGGAGCAAGAGAUGGCAAAGGAGAGGAUGAAUAGAAAGGACUACUGGUUAUGCGAGGGAAUUGUAGUGAAAGUGAUGAGCAAAGUGUUGGCCGAGAAAGGGUAUUAUAAGCAAAAGGGUGUGGUGCGGAAGGUGAUUGAUAAAUAUGUUGGGGAGAUUGAGAUGGUUGAGAGCAAACAUGUACUGAGAAUCGACCAAGAAGAGUUGGAGACGGUUAUUCCUCAAAUAGGUGGACUUGUUAAAAUCGUUAAUGGGGCUUAUCGAGGGUCUCUUGCCAAAUUGAUUGCGGUUGAUACCAACAAAUUUUGUGCCAAGGUGCAAAUUGACAAGGGGAUAUACGAUGGAAGGGUGCUUAAGGCUGUUGAAUAUGAAGAUAUUUGCAAACUGGCUCAAUGACGACGAGAUGCUCCUUUUUCUUUUCUUUUCGAAAAAUUGUCUGAUCGUGUUCAUUUCUGAAAGGUUUGGGAGUAUGCAACAUUGGAUUAGAGCUAAUUUUAUGCUUUUGAUACACAUUUUUUUUUGCUCUGUUCUGAAUAUUAUUUAAAGGUAUCCAGAAUGAAGAUGCUAACUAUUGCUGCUUUUUGAAGAAUAAUAUUGAACCAGACGUUGUUGCA